AUGUGCGCUUGUAAGCAAAAAAGAGCGUCGUUCCUUAUCGAGGAUAUACUUUGCGAGACGAAACCUCACAAGCAUUUAGGCCACGAACCACUGGAGUCACUCACGUGUAGUAAAAAGCCUGAGGUUUUCGAAUUAAUAACCAAACUAAACGUAGUUACUGAAGUUCAAAGGGAAUUAGAAAUAGUUAAACUGAAAGUUAAUUUGGAGCAAAGAAGGAACACGUAUCCAAUAUAUCCAACGCCGAUUAAAGCGAAUUUACCCUGGACUCCGUAUAGAUUAAAAAAUUCUGGCUACCCAAUGGAAUCCCGACACCCGAUGAGCUUCUUCAGUGAUCCCAUGCUGAAGACUGAGCAGAUAUUGAGAAACCAACUAGCUGUGAACAGACUUGUGACCAACCCGUAUAGUUUACGACAAGUUUAUGGAUUUGAUGGAGUACCACCCUCAUGCUGCAGCCCGUGGUGGGGAGUGGGAGGGAGAAGAAAAGGUGGGCAAGUGCGAUUCAGCGCGGCGCAAACUGGCGCUCUGGAGCGGCGGUUCAGCGCCAGCAAGUACCUCAGCCCUGACGAGAGGAGAGCGCUGGCGGCGUCCUUAAGACUGAGUGAUCGACAGGUUAAAACUUGGUUUCAAAACCGAAGAGCGAAAUGGCGCCGCACCACUCCAGAGAUAGCGGACGCAGGGAGUCCCCCCACUGCCGACGAGUCUGAUGACGACGUGCAAAUCGCUGAUGAUGACUGA